AAUGAGGAAAUAUAGUGUGAAUUGUUGUGAAAACUAAUCGCAAAUUCAUUGAAAUCUGGUUUUAAGACUCGUUUGGAUUCAAUGUUACGAUUAAACCGUUUCUUCAUUUCAAGACAUUUGAGUCAAUUGUCAAAUGUUUGGAUGAAAAGUAGUUAUUAUUACAGCUCUGAACCUCCGGACAAGUCAUACACUUUGGGUCGCAUUCCCGCACCCGAGCGGACCCGCAGUCCGGCCAUUGACUCGACCGACACCUUCUUGAGGGCCACUAACCAUGAGAUGAGUCUCUUUGGUCCGCACGACUUGAGGGCUCCACUCAAUGGCAAUAUUGGACUCACUUUCGAGGAAUCGACAUAUGAUUUGCCAAAUGAACAGUUGAUUCAAUUCAUGAGACAAAUCAAUACUUUAAACCCUAAACUCGCAGUCAUUGAGACCACAGAUAUAGACAUCGAUUUGUUUUUGUCCAACAGUUAUAAGAGUCGGUGCCAUAAGUUCUUCCGAAUCCUCAAAUACCAGUCACUUGUGGCCCAAGACAUGGCUUCUGAGGCCCACACAUGGGAUGGCGUCGACUGCAGUGCACAUAAUCUCACGACUCAAGUGAUCAAAAAGUUUGCGAAUUUGUUCCCAAAAAGUAAACGACAAGAACUGAGCGCUGGUUUGACUGCAAUCACAAUGAGUCAGAAGACAGUUAACGAUAUGAGCGGCUAUUCCGAGGCCAUCGAACUCGAGAGGGAAGACUUCUUCGAGAAGUUUGUAUUGAACGCAAAGACCGUUUGUCAAGAGCUCAGAGACAAUGGCUUUUGGGCCGACUUUAUUGAUCCAUAUUCUGGACAACCAUUUCUGAGUGAACACACGAAUGAGACACUGUUUGAAACGGACGACCGGUUUAUUCAUUUGGGAUUUACGAUCGAAGACCUCGGAUGUUGUAAAGCUAUUUAUCACCACAAAUGGGGUACUCAUGUCAUUGUGGGCACACUCUUCACAACCGCGCCCUCAGACUCUCCGGCGCUCAUCAAACUUAUGCCACAAUCGUUUGAUUCAACCAAUAAGUAGUCAAUAGUUGUUAUACAAAGUCUGUUUAAACAAAAUUAAUUAAUUAUUAUUGAAAAAUAUUAUAUUAUAAGUGCUUUUAAUAACGAGAAAAUAGUAUUUUCAAGAAUUAAUUGCAAAUAAAUAUUAAUGUGUUUUGUUAACAA